UGUUUUCUCGUCUUCAUUUCUUAUGGUCGUGUUACUCCACCCUGUCUCCGUAGCAGAGCCAUAAAUGAAUGGAUGGAGCAUGUUUUCGAGAAACCCUCAGGACCCGUCGGAGAUGGCCUGAUGUUAUGGCAAUUUGGAAGAAGGACGUUCGCAUUGAGGAGGAACGACAUGUUCGAGCCAACGAUCGCGACUACAAUGAGAGGUUCAGUUAUGCUGACAAUCGCAUCAAGACAGCAAAAUACAACGUUUUCACCUUCCUGCCCAUUAACUUGUUCGAGCAGUUUCAACGUUUUGCGAACGCCUACUUCCUAGUACUGCUGAUACUGCAGUUAAUCCCAGAAAUCUCCUCUCUUUCGUGGUUCACCACCAUUGUGCCUUUGGUGUUGGUGUUGGCUAUCACAGCUGUCAAAGAUGCUACUGAUGACUAUUUCCGCCAUAAAAGUGAUCAACAAGUCAACACCCGGCAGUCUCAGGUACUCAUCAAAGGAAAAUUGCAGAAUGAGAAAUGGAUGAAUGUGCGAGUGGGUGAUAUCAUCAAACUUGAGAACAAUCAGUUUGUUGCUGCUGACCUUCUCCUCCUCUCUAGCAGUGAGCCCUAUGGACUGUGCUAUAUCGAGACUGCAGAGCUUGAUGGAGAGACCAACCUGAAGGUGCGCCAAGCCUUGACUGUAACCUCAGACCUCGGGGACGAUGUUGCGAAGCUUGCAGACUUCAAUGAGGAAGUCAUCUGUGAGCCGCCCAACAACAAACUAGACAAGUUCACAGGGAUUCUGUACUGGAAAGAUAACAAGUACCCACUGGACAACGAGAAAAUGCUCCUGAGAGGCUGCGUUCUCCGUAACACUGAGUGGUGUUUCGGCUUGGUUAUCUUCGCAGGACUUCAAACCAAGCUGAUGCAAAACUGUGGGAGGACGACGUUCAAACGGACCAGCAUCGAUAAACUGAUGAACACCUUAGUUCUGUGGAUCUUUGGAUUUCUCAUCUGUAUGGGGAUUAUAUUGGCUAUUGGAAACACUAUUUGGGAGCAGAAAGUAGGCAGCAACUUUUGGGAGUAUCUUCAGUGGAAGGAACUCACCAUUAAUGCAGUCUUCUCUGGCUUCCUGACCUUCUGGUCCUACGUUAUCAUCCUUAACACUGUCGUACCCAUCUCACUAUAUGUUAGCGUAGAAGUUUUGCGGCUGGGCCAUAGUUACUUUAUAAACUGGGACAGACGAAUGUACUACAGCCGUAAGGACACUCCUGCUGAGGCGCGGACCACCACCCUCAACGAGGAGCUGGGCCAGGUGGAGUUCAUCUUCUCAGACAAAACAGGCACCCUCACCCAGAACAUCAUGGUGUUUAAUAAGUGCUCCAUCAAUGGGAAGACCUACGGUGAUGUUUAUGAUGAGUUUGGGCAUAAAGUGGAUAUUACAGAGAAAACACCAUGUGUAGAUUUCUCCUUCAACCCACUGAUGGACCGGAAAUUCCGUUUCCAUGACAGCAGCUUGGUCGAGGCCAUCAAGCUGGAAGAGCCUCUGGUGCAGGAAUUCUUCCGUCUGUUAGCGCUCUGCCACACCGUCAUGCCAGAAGAACGAAAUGAGGGUAAACUGGACUGGGAGCUGGUGUAUCAGGCACAAUCUCCGGAUGAAGGAGCCCUGGUUACUGCUGCGCGUAACUUUGGCUUCGUAUUUCGGUCCAGAACGCCAGAAACCAUCACUUUAUAUGAGAUGGGUCAAGCGGUCACCUAUCAGCUGCUGGCCAUCUUAGACUUCAACAAUGUACGGAAGAGAAUGAGCGUUAUUGUGAGGAACCCAAAGGGGCAGUUAAAGCUUUACUCAAAAGGAGCCGACACAAUACUCUUCGACAGGCUGGACCCGUCUAAUGAAGAGCUUAUGUUUACUACCUCAGAGCACCUUAAUGAGUUUGCCGGGGAGGGUUUGAGAACAUUAGCGCUGGCGUACAAAGACCUGGAUGAAGACGUGUUUGAUGAAUGGAUGAAGAAACUGCUGUUUGCCAGCACAACACUGGAGAACAGAGAAGAAAAACUUGGGGCUCUGUAUGAAGAAAUAGAGCAGGGCAUGUUGCUGCUUGGUGCUACAGCCAUAGAGGAUAAACUUCAGGAAGGAGUUCCAGAGACUAUUGCCUGUCUGACCUUGGCUAACAUCAAGAUCUGGGUGCUCACUGGGGACAAGCUAGAGACAGCAAUGAACAUUGGCUACUCCUGUAACAUGCUCAGAGACGACAUGAACGAGGUGUUUAUAAUCUCAGGUCACACCAUGCUUGAGGUUCAACAGGAACUCAGGACAGCUAAAGAGAGAAUCAUGGGACCCAGCAAAGACAAAAUCAGCAGUGGCCUUGACAUGGAAAAGACAGAAUUGUAUUCAAGUGACUCUGUCUUUGAAGAGACCAUCAUCGCAGAGUACGCUUUAAUCAUCAACGGACACAGUUUGGCUCAUGCCCUGGAGGCAGACCUGGAGCAGAUCCUGGUGGACGUGGCGUGUCUGUGUAAGACAGUCAUCUGCUGUAGGGUCACUCCACUGCAGAAAGCUCUGGUGGUUGAGGUCAUAAAGAGACACAAGAGAGCCGUCACUCUCGCCAUCGGAGACGGAGCCAAUGACGUCAGUAUGAUCAAGUCGGCCCACAUUGGCGUGGGCAUCAGCGGACAGGAGGGGAUGCAGGCGGUGUUGGCCUCUGACUAUUCCUUCGCCCAGUUUCGCUAUCUGCAGCGUCUCCUGCUCGUCCACGGCCGCUGGUCUUACUACCGCAUGUGCAACUUCCUCUGCUACUUCUUUUACAAGAACUUCGCCUUCACGCUGGUUCAUUUCUGGUAUGGAUUCCUCUGUGGAUUCUCUGCCCAGACGGUAUAUGACCAGUGGUUCAUCACACUCUUCAACAUUGUCUACACCUCACUUCCUGUUUUGGCCAUGGGUCUGUUUGAUCAGGAUGUGAAUGAGCAGUACAGUUUACGCUAUCCAAACUUGUACAGACCUGGGCAGAUAAACCAGCUCUUUAACAAGAGAAAGUUCUUCACCUGUACGCUGCAGGGGGUCUGUAUUUCAUUUAUCCUCUUCUUCAUCCCAUACGGAGCCUUCAUGACCGCUGUGCGGGAUGACGGCGCCCACAUCUCUGAUCAACAGGCUUUUGCGGUAACCAUAGCAACCUCUUUGGUCAUUGUGUCCAGUGUUCAGAUUGGGCUUGACACCAACUACUGGACCGCUGUGAACCAUUUCUUUAUCUGGGGAAGUCUAGCUGUUUACUUUGCAAUCCUUUUUGCAAUGCACAGCGAUGGCAUUUUUACCAUAUUCCCAAACCAGUUUCCUUUCAUAGGUACUGCACGUAACUCUCUGAAUCAGAAGAUUGUGUGGCUGGUCAUCCUCCUCACCACAGUCGUGUGUAUAAUGCCCAUGGUGGCUGUCCGAUUCAUCAAGGCUGACCUCUAUCCAACACAGACUGACAAGGUGCGUUUACUUCAGCAGGCCACUAGGAGGCAGGGUCCUCAAGAGCAGAACCUCAGGAGAGUCCGCAGGACGAGUUCUCGUCGCUCGGCGUACGCUUUCGCCCACCAGCAGGGAUACGGAGAACUCAUCACCUCCGGCAAGAACAUGAAGGUACCCACAUCCUCCACUUCCACAUACCCACUAUCCUCGCCUGCAAGAGGCCCCACCGGCACCCGCUCGGUGAACGACACAACCAGAGACCAGACAGAGACAAACAGCACUGGAUUUAGGAGGGAAAGUGACCAAAAUCAAGAGGUAACGGUGGAAGACUUGGAGGCCAGAUAAAGGAGCGUUUUUUUCUUCCUUUACAGAAGGAAGAGGAAUUAGCGCCUGUCUUUAAUGUGAGAAAAUGAUCAUAGAUUGUGAGCAGACACACUCUGGGCUCCCAGAGAUGCCCGUGAGCACGACUAGACUAUGGGAGGGCUAGACAUGCACAGGAGACUCCAAAGAGCCAGCACAAUGAAGCACAGAUAACACUCAUUUUCUCAUGCAAAUCUGCUCCCGUCUCACAGGGCAUCCAUUUGAAUUUGAAAAUGAACCUCAUUGAUUUCAUUUUCAAUGUUCACCUCUUCUGGCACAAAUUCUAGUUCAAUGUUUUCUCAGAAAAGGCACUGAUUUUGUAUUUCGAGAUUUUGGAACUUGCUUUUAGGCAUUUGCAUGAAAGCUUGUUUCAACACAGGAUAACAAAAUAAAAAAGGUAAUUGUGACUUUUUAUCUCACGAUUCCUCUCAAUUUUGAGUU